CACGAAUUAUCAAAACAAAACAGUGGUGUGAAAUGCUUCCAUGUUUAGAAGGAGAAGGCUGUGAUUUGCUAAUCAAUAAAUCAGGCUGGACCUGUACACAACCAGGAGGACGGAUAAAGACAACCACG